ACUCGCCAGGAAAACGACUUCACCUUCAUUCCCCCCUUUAUCCAGACCUCUCCCUCCUUCCUUGCCUCCGCCGCCCGGACCAAGACCGCCGUCCAGCAAACGGCGCGCCUCCUCGGCCAGCACUCCAUCCCCUUCUGGUCCCCCCGGUACCAAGCCCACAUGUGCACCGACCUCAGCAUGCCUGCCCUGCUGGGCUACUUCAUGACCAUGCUCUACAACCCCAACAACGUUGCCAUUGAAGCCUCCCCCUUGUCCACCGUCGCUGAGAUCGAAGUCGGUGAGCAGCUCUGCGAACUGUUUGGUUUUGAAGAGCAGGACAAGGCCUGGGGCCAUGUCACCUGCGAUGGCACUGUUGCCAACAUCGAAGCUCUGUGGGUGGCGAGAAACCUAAAGUAUUACCCGCUGUCUGUGAGGAAGGCAAUGGAUGACGAAGAUGGCCCGUUGAGAUUUAUCAGUGAGGAGUUCAAAGUCCGAACUUGUGAGGGCAGGUCGAAGCUGCUGAAGGAGAUGAGUUUGUGGGAGAUGAUGAACAUGAGGGUGAAAACUGUUCUGGAUAUCCCCGGGCUCUUGCGCGAGCAGUUUGGGAUCACGCCGGAGUGGUUGGAGGAGGCGAUGGCAGAGUACAAUGUUCAGACGGUAGGGAAGGAGGCGCUGAAUCGACAUUUCGGGGUUGGUGAGGGGAUGGAUGGGCAGUUCUUUGUGCCCAGCACCAAGCACUACUCCUGGCCCAAAGCAGCAGCGCUGGUUGGAUUGGGGUCCGAUAAUGCUGUCAGUGUUGGGGUUGACCAUGAUGCGAGGGUUGAUCUUGAUAAGCUGGAGAAGCUGCUGGAGGAGCGGUUUGCUAGGCAACAGCCUGUUUAUUCGGUUGUAGCUGUCAUUGGGUCCACGGAAGAAGGGGCCGUGGAUCCGUUGGAGAAGAUCUUGGCCAUGAGACAGCGAUUUCAAGCACGAGGCAUGUCGUUCAUGGUUCAUGCCGAUGCAGCCUGGGGAGGCUACUUCGCCACGAUGCUGCCUCGAGAGGGCCAGGAUGAUGCCGACAGAGACGGGGGCGAUGACGGCCUUGUGCCCGACCUGAGCUUGAGGGUCGAGACACAGCAAUCUCUCUUUGCUUUGCGGUACUGCGACUCGAUCACGGUCGACCCCCACAAGGCAGGGUACAUCCCCUAUCCUGCUGGUGCACUGACGUAUCGAGACGGGAGGAUCAAGAAUCUUGUGACAUGGACAAGUCCGUACUUGUCUCGAGGGGCAGUCACCAGUAUUGGAAUUUAUGGUGUGGAGGGAAGGCAGCUCUCGGCCCUCUGGGCCGCACUCUCCACCCCAAGAGACUCGUUCGUCUGCACUCCCUUCAACGCAUUGCCUUCAGAAUCCUCUUCCGAUCCGAGGGAGGUCGAGCGAGAAAAGCAGAGAAUCAGAGAAGAAAUCCUCAACAAGUCAAACACCGAGAUCAUCGCCCAGGACAGCAUCACCAUAAACCAGGCCGACAAAACCAUCACACUUCUCCGCGCCCUUGGCUCGGAUCUCAACAUCAACGCCUUUGCUCUCAACUGGCGCCACCCAGAUGGCUGCCUCAACACCGAUGUUGAAGAAGCAAACUACCUCAUGGAGCGUGUCGUCAGUCGUCUAUCGGUCGACCAUCCUGAUGACAACCCUUCCUCCAUCCCAUUGUACUUGACCUCCACAGAGUUUGAGUACAAGGACUACGGAGACUGCGCCACCAACUUCAAACGACGUCUCGGGCUUGACACCAGCACCCCUCACGAAAAGCUAAUGGUGCUUCGUAACGUGGUGAUGAGUCCCUUGGCAACCAUGGACGGAGACCACGGCCGAUUCAUCAACAUGCUCGGCGAGACCUUCCGAGAGCUUGUCGAGAAGGAAGUCAAAGUAUGCCAGGCACGAAACGACGACAGCCCAGAUUAUCACAGCUUCUGGAUCAGAGGCCGUGGCACGGCCAAGACUGUUUACCUGUCUUACAGACCCAUGUUCCACCUCGCCAAGCACCGCAAGCAAAUCAUCCUCGAAGCAGAGUUUGCCAGCGAAGAGGGUCAGCGGGCGUACAGCCUGUUGGAAGGCAACACAGGCGACGAUGAGAUCAUCCUCAAAACCUCUGACAAAAUCGACCUCGACUCUUUACUUUCCUCCAGGACAUCCAGCACAACCCUCGUCGGAAAUCUAAGCACCUCGUCCAAUGGCACCAUCCUCCCCCGCACCCCCCUGACCAUCCUCUCCAUCCUCAAAAACCGCCCCUUGAACACCUCCUCCCACGACGACACCUACCCCUCCGGCUUCUGCCCGUUCUACCUCUACGGCCUCCCCAGCCAUACCUCCUCCCCAUCAGAAACCCCCCACCAGCUCUACAUCGACCACAUCCUCACCAAAUCCCCCAACAUCUUCCUCUCCUCCCCCAUCGAACUAACCCUCGACAACGAACAGCCCAUCCCCUUCUCCACCGCCGUCACAAAAGGGGCAAUCCUCGCCCUCGAAGGCAUCCACGAAGCAGCACUCCAACCCUUCCCCGCUGACCACCCCCUUCCCGCAAACUUCUUCUUCAACCCCGGGAGGGAGUUUAAAGUAUCGAUAUGGGGUGACGAUCGCGCACCUGAUGCUAGCGCAAGGGGUCUGUUGACAGAAAUCAAAAAGACCGAACCCAUAGCUAGGGGGAAACUCGUCCUGAAAGAAGACGUCGGGGGUAUGGUGGUGGAUGUGGAGAGGAUUAACCGGGAUCCGUGGAAGGAGACGGAGGAGCAGAAGGUCAGUCUCUGGCGGGAGAGGUGUUGGCAAGGUUGGGAAGGAGAUUGA